AUGGCCCAGCCCUUGGUUCUUGGAGAAGGGAUAAUCCUCAGGAAACCCAUCUGGAAGAUCACCCCUCCAUCUCAGACCUCUCACCAGGGCCUCAGAACAGAGGCAGAAGAGGCCCAGGAAAGACUAUGCCAGAACUGCCUGGACAGAAGUAAUCCUUGGUCCUCCUACUCAGAAUGGGCAACACUGGGUGAUGUCACCACAUCCAGAAUUCCGGACUGUCUAGCGAUCAGCUUCAGAACUGAGGUGAGGCUGGCAGCACCGCCGAGGGCCCCUCACAGGAGGCUUUGUGAGGACACAGUCCAAGAAAAGGAGUCACCACCCGCAGAAGGGGACAUUGCCCCUUUGCCUGCCCUCAUCAGCCCCAGUCCCUUCGCUCUGCGCUUACUCUCCGCACAACCUAGAGAGAUGCUCCAUUACGCCUGCUGUUCUGAUGGCCUUAUAGGCAGCUGCUGUGUGAAGCUUGAUUGGCAGAUGAGUCUGAGAGCUGUGCAGCAGGCCCAGAAUCACAGGACCUCAUGGUCUUCCUUCUUCUCCAGCUUUACCUUUACAGUUCUCUUCAGUUUUCCAAGAGCAACAGGAAAUGAACAAGUCACCGGUGAGUUAUGUAUUCCCACUUUGUUUUACAGUGGACUUUGUGUAAUUUGUAAGGGAACAGAAAUUUAAAUGGAAAAGUAGAAAUGAAAAUCAGUGUCACAGAAACCGUAGAGUGGCAGGUCAGUAGCUAAGCAAAGUCAUCAUAUGGAUACAUGCAGGUCCUAUAACGUCCUGGAGUUACCAAAGUCAAGCUACAAGUUUGCCUUUGGUCUUCCUGACAGCAAAGAAGAAACCAGAGAGAAGUGUUAUAGCACUGCUAUAACAAAUUAUCGUAGACAGGUGGCUUAAGCAACAAACACAUUUCUCAUAGUUUUGGAGUCUGGGAAGUCCAAGGUUAAGCUGCCAGCAGAUUUGGUUCUGAUGAGGGCCCACUUCCAGUUUGCAGAUGGCGACCUUGUAGCCUCAUGUGGUGGAGAGAGAGUUGGGGCAAGCUCUCUCAUGUCUUUUCUUCUAAGGGCACUAAUCUCAUCACGAGGGCUCCACACUCAUGACCCAAUUGCCUCCCAAAGGCCCCAUCUCCAAAUACCAUCACAUUGGAGAUUAGGGCUUCAGCAUCUGAAUUUUGGGGGGACACAAACACAAAUAUUCAGUCUAUAACAGAGUUUGAGUAGACAGUUUUCCAAUGGUCUUACUUGGUCCAGGAGCAAGACCUGGAAUAUCUGGAAGAAGCCUGAAUGGUCUGCAUGCCCUUAAAGUGGCUCCGUAUAAAUAUUUCCUCCUCUAGACUGUGGCACUGUACAUAGACUGUUCCUUGCCCACGCUUGGUGUUGUCAGACUUUAGAUUUGUUGCCAAUCUAACUUCUGAGAAGAACUCAUCAUUUUAAUUUGCAUUUCUCAGAUUACUCAUGAGCUUGUACAUCAUAUGUUUAUUGUUUUUUCAUGGCUUUUGUGAAUGACUUCGUUUUUUAAUCAUAUUUUUCUAUAUGUAUUAAUUUUUAAGAAUAGUUUAUAUGUUUUGAACAGUAAUUCUUCAUCUGUUAUAUUUGUUGUGAAGGUUUUCUCCAAGUCUGUCUGUUGACCUAUGCCUGCAUCGUGCCUUUGGCCUCAUGAAAGUUUUAUGUU